AUGGUCGCUAGCGAUGGCCUCAAGUCUGAAAGCGCGAGCUCAUCACGUUGGCUAGACUCUGUCGAGGGAGAAAUCGCCUUCUUCCGUGCUCUAAUGCGCGCAAGACCUGUAGGCAUCCACCGCCACUUUCAUGUCCUCACAAUGCGCAACGCAAUUCUCAGAGAUACCGGGCACGUAGUCUCGAUAGACGACCUAUGGGAUAAGCUAAGAGCAUGCUACGACCUGGAGAUCUUGGAAAAUAUAGAGACAGAUGGCUAUGAUCCUCCUGGGUACUACAAUUCACCAUCCCCAUCGGCCGUGCCCCUUCGAUCCCCGUCUCCGUCAGAAAAUCUAUCAUCACAUCCAUGGUUCCGCCAUGAGUAUUCGCUCCCGUCCGAUGAGGCAUUUGAUACCCUCAUCUCUAUGCGACGCAUGCGAGCAACUGCUUCUUUGCCUUCGUCCUCGCCGGCUGCCUCGCCUUCACACCAUGCCCGAACGACGUCAGGGACGCGUCAGACUAAGAAAGGACGGAGCAAGUUGAAAAACGUCGCCGGUCUUGUUGGAGGAGACAGCGACAGUAGCGCGUUGACGCAGGAGAGCGGUGACGAAAGUGCUGUCCCCACACCCAGCCUUGCUACAGGGACAGACGUUGGCACUGACUACGCAGACGAUGAAGAUAUGGAUGGACGGGAUUCCCCAGGUGAGUUGCCUUCGCUAUCUGUCCGACGCACUCAUCAGAGCAUCUAUAGGCCCACCCUUAGCAUUCAGGCAAGCCAGAAGAGGAGGGAAGGCUUCCAGGAGAGGUAG